UUUUUUGUUUUCACAAUGAGAAGUUCUGUUUUAAUUCUGUUUCUGUUCGUCGCUCUUCCUGCCGCCACAGGUCAAGUGCUUCCCGUCUCCAACUGCAGCAGCGGUGGUGGCGGCGGCGGCCGAUUUGGCGAGAGCCUCGGCGCCCUCUUCUCCUCCCUCGCGUCCCUCUCCUCCUCCUCCAACGCCGCGAAUGACACCACAGGCGCCGGCGCAGACGCAGCCUACGGCCUCUACAUGUGCCAGGGAGACCUCUCCGGCCCCGCUUGCCAGGGCUGCUUGCUGACGGCGAUCGCCGGCAUCAACCAGACCUGCGCCGGCGCGAGGCGGGGCGUCAUCUGGUACGACAUCUGCUUGCUCCGCUACUCCGACAACAACUUCUUCGGGGAAGUGGAAUCCGGCGGCAUCAACAUGAGCAACCCCCGCCAGCUGACCAGCUCCAUGGAGCCCUACCAUGUGAUGACGGCGCUGGUUGAAGUGGCGGCUUCCCGGCGGCCGCUGAUGUUCGCGGCCAACGCCUCCGACCUCUACCCGAUCUUCGCCAUCGCCCAGUGUACCUCCGACCUCACCUCCGCUGGCUGCCGGCGCUGCCUCACCUCGAUCUUGGCCUUCAUGCGGACCUGCUGCCUCGGUCACAAGGGCUGGCGCUACAUCGCCCCGAGCUGCUGGAUUCGAUACGAGGCCACCCCCUUCUUCGACGUCACCGUCUACAACGAGAUCAUCCGCAGCCGCUGCUCCGCCGACGACUUCCCCGCUCCUCUUCUGGCCUCCGAUGAGACGAAGCUCGAAACCCUAGUCGCACAAUUGGGAUCCAGCGCCCGUUUGAGCGGCUUCUACAACGCCACAUCAGGGGAUCGGAACUCCAGUAAUCUGUUCGGCCUUGCGCUUUGUCGCGAAGACUCAGCGGCACUUCCGAGCGGAGCGUGCACGAGUUGCCUCUACAGAGCAAGCACCGCUAUGGCGGGCGAGUGCCCGAAUAAGACGCAGGGGAUCAUGUGGUACGACGAUUGCUUGUUGCGGUACUCAAAUCAGAGCAUUUUCAACGUGGUGGACGGCAACGGGCAAACGUUCUGCAGCGAGCAGAGCGUCUCGCUGGAAACCGACAAUUUAACCAUGAGCGGAGCUUCGGCUCUCGUCGGAGUGGCGGUUGGCAGGGCGUCGUUGUUCGCUUCCGUCGUUAUCACGAUUAGCAACGCUGAUACGAGCUACGUGAGUGUGCAAUGCACGAGGGAUCUUAGCAGGGAGAGUUGCCGGACCUGCUUGGCGAACGGAAUGAACAGGAUCGCGACUGAUUGCCGCCAGAGGAAAGGGUGGCAGUUCUUGUCGGGGAGCUGCAUGAUUAGAUACGAGGUGUAUCCUUUCUUUAACCUGAGUACAGCUCCGCCACAGGCCGCCCCUCAGCUGCCACCUAGUGGUGGUGGUGGAGGCACUUCGCAAGGAGGGAGACGCAGGAGAUCAUCAAAUGUUAGAAUCAUUGCUUUCGCUCUCCCAAUUGCUGGACUUCUUCUGCUUGGAAUUCUUCUCUUCCAUGCAUGGAAGCUGAGAAGAAACAGAGUGAGCAAGAACCUUAAGCUAGAAGAUUUCAUUACUGGAGAUGUGUCCUUGAUAGAUUUGCACAUCAUCCAAUUGGCUACUAGCAAUUUUUCCAAUGAAAACAAGCUUGGGGAAGGUGGAUUUGGACCUGUUUAUAAGGGGGUGUUGCAUGAUGGAAAAGAAAUAGCAGUAAAAAGAUUGUCACAGAAAUCCAAACAAGGCCCUACCGAGUUCAAGAACGAGGUGAAGCUGAUCGCGAGGCUUCAGCACAAGAAUCUUGUGAGGAUGUUGGGUUGCUCUGUGGAAGGGGAAGAGAAGCUGCUGAUCUAUGAAUACUUGCCCAACAGAAGCCUUGAUGCCUUUCUAUUUGAUCCAAACAAGCGCGUGCAAUUGAAUUGGGAGACAAGGUUUCAGAUAAUCUCAGGGAUCUCCGGAGGCCUCCUCUAUCUCCACGAGGACUCGCUCCUCAAGGUCAUUCAUAGAGACCUCAAGGCCAGCAAUAUCUUGUUGGAUGAUGAAAUGAACCCCAAGAUAUCUGACUUUGGCAUGGCGAAGAUUUAUGUGCCUGAUGAAAACGAUGUCAACACGAAUCGAAUUGUUGGAACUUAUGGAUAUAUGGCUCCGGAGUACGCCAUGGAUGGAGUUUUUUCUGUGAAAUCGGAUGUGUACAGCUUUGGUGUUCUCCUCUUGGAAAUUAUAAGCGGGGAAAGGAACGGAAGAGCACAUCUCGAGCAACAUGGACAGAACCUUCUCAGAACAGCAUGGGAUCUGUGGAUGCAAGACAAGCCUUCUGAAUUCAUCGAUCAAUUGCUCGAUUGCGAAGUUUGCAAAGCAGUGAAAUGCAUCCACAUAGGCUUGUUGUGUGUCCAGGAAAAUGCUGAGGAAAGACCCACCAUGUCUCAAGUGGUUGUCAUGUUGAGAACUGAAGGCAUGGUGCUUCCUCAACCCGCACAACCCCCAAACUUUCAGAGGAGGACGACCCUCGAGCCAGAGGCAUCCUCGCAUACAUCAACAACAAUUCCAUCAGCUCUUCAAUCUAUCAAUGAGGUAACAGAGACUUUCGUUUUCCCAAGAUAGCAAUCUGUGAAGCAAGCUCAGAGGAUUUAGUUGUGGUGUUCAUCUGUAAGUAUGGAUUUGUUUAGAUGGAGUUGCAAUUAUUUUUUUAUUAUCAGUUGGAGUGAAUUCUGGAGUACCAUCAUGGUCACGAUGAGUGUUUGAUGUUUUCUUCAAUCCUUCACAGAACGAUAUUUUAAAAAGUUUCAGAAAUUAUAUCUAAA